AUGGCAGAAGCCUUGGCCAGCCGCAUUGUACUCGAGCACGGUACUAUCCACAUCCUUCCUUGGAUUGUUGAUUUUGGCGAGAGCACUGCUCAGCGGACUUCUGCUCGCUUUAUACACAGAAGAAAAGCAGCUAACUCAUCGACAGGGGACAUGACAGACUCGGAGAGCUGCCACCGAAGCACGCUCGUAGACUCCGUCUCAUGUAACGUUACUGGACUGACGAGCUUCUACUCUCCCCAUGGUGAUGCUGGAACCAGCACGUCCAAGGAGCUUCAAUGCGAGAGAAAUGAGGGUCUUACACCUAACCGCAGCCAGGAAAUCGUCCAGAACGCCGGAGAGCACUCCCGUGAUUUGUUUCACCAAGACUUCACAGACGUGCACCAGCCAUUCAGUGGCCUUGCAAUGGAAAACCUCUCCCAAAAUACAAAGCGGGAAGCGACUGAAGGUACUGCGAUUUUACUGAGUGUUGCUACAGACGUGCCGAAAAGGGAGAUGGCCAGAUCCGGAAGCUGGUACCCGAGGAAGACUGUGAGCAGUGCGAGCGUUGAGGCUUUGCGAAGUUCGCCGAUGCCGUCGGACUUCCACAGGAGAGCAAGCGCGUCUGAAGCUGUGUACAUCCUUCAAACCACGGCAAAAGGACGAGGCAGUCCGACUCGCCUGUUUCGGAGGCACGUCACCCCUCGUGGGCUUCGUAGUCAUCCGCCAUCCUCUGAAAAGAUCGAUAGCACGACUUCACAACAGCCUGUUAAACAGCGUGCAGAGAUGUCCGCUACUGUCGAUCCCGCUACCUACGCUUCGAGCGCUCCAGAGGGCAUUCGCAGUAACAAAGAGUGGGUGUCGGGGGACCAGCCUUGGCCAGAGCAGAGCCGCGCAACUGCUUCUCUCGCCCGGCUGCCGGCGGGACCAAACGCAGCUGAACUUGAAGCAACGCAAGAAAUUCGACAGCGCCCAUCUAGUCCUUACACGAGCGGAGACACCUCUACAUUUGCAAAGGACCUAGUCAUAAGUGCCCUCUGUGAUCAGAUACAACACCAACAGUGGAAGAUAAAGACUCAGGAAAGUCGUCUAUAUCAUCAGGAGCAACGUCUUCAUGAGCUAGAGGCCUUCGUCAGCUCGUUUCAAGCUCAUCAAGAAUGGAAAAACCAACAGCAGCACAAUCAACAGGACCCGGGCCAGCUUCUCCCAAGAGCACGAUCUUGCCAACUCAUGGUCGGAGUAGAAAGCAUCAAUGAGCCUGUUUCGAUUCCACCUAGAGCUCUACGGCCCACUACAAUCCCCCCAGUGACAGGCCACCAGUGGUCAGGAGGCACUGCAGACUCUUCCGCAAGCCACGCAGGAAUACAAGUGGUGCAAAGUGCUACAGCAGAUCCUCGGAAGAACCGCAGAGAGACCAAGGGACCGAUGGACACCAUGGGCGAUGCCGCAGGAGAGCACAACUAUGUUGUUUUUGACACUAUAGAGAGCUAA